GUUACGUGACAUUGUGGAGAACGGAGAGAAAGCUACCAGCAACUUGGCUUUUAUUAAUUCGGCAUUUCGAAUGAAUUUACUUCUUGAAUCGAUCCAUUAGCUGAUUGGUUUCGUCAGGGUGAAACUUUGGUUUGAUUUCGAUUUAUGUGUGAGAAAGUAGAUUACCGAGCGCGUUUGUUACAGUUUGUAUACAUUUAUAGAAUGGAGGAAAAUAGUAGCUACAAGUAGAAGAUUCAGCGAACCAAAAUCAAUGUGGACAGGUUUUUUAAUCAAUUGAGAUGAAUAUAGGGAAAAUGUUUUGCCGAUAAAUCGUGGUACAGUGAUAAAUAUUCCUGUUUUGUUUAGGAGGAUGGCUCCAUUGGUAUCGAACCGGUACUAUUGGUAUGGCAGUAAUAACUACCACUCGGCCUCUUUGCACGCGCGCAAACGUUCGCGUGACCGUACGCAAUGCGGUCGCAAAUUGCUUACUCGACGUAUCGUCGAGGGACCAAGGUCAGUGUUUGUUCACCGGAAAGAAUUUCCCAAAGACUUUCCUCGAGCUCGACAAAGAGGAAGAAAAGGGCAAAGUUCGCCAUGUUUUUCGAACAAACGACCCCUUCAAGAAAAACAUUAACACUUCAGCGUCGAAUGACGCAGCUACCGCGUCCCGUCGUACCUGGAAACCAUUAUCGCGCCAAAGCAGAUGAACCAACCAUACGUCCUCCUACGAUCGCUAUCUCGGAACACCAAAUUCUAGAACUGUUCCAGGAGACACGGGUGAAUUUUUCAUCAAUGAAAAGAUGGAAUCACUGAGUACCAUUGUCCGUGAAUCAGUUCUUAACCGACAGAAAAAUCGUCGCGCUCGAUGAACCUCCCGAUCUACGAGACCUUGCCCCCUUGGACGUCUCUCUUUUCCCGAAGACCUGGUCCGCGCUCAAAGGAAUUCAUUUACCGUCGUAGAUGAGGUGAAGGCAAAAACGACAAAGCGUCUGGACAGUCUAGCAGAAAAUGAUCCGCACCAUCGCUUUAAACAGUAGCAGCAUCGUCCACAGCUGUUUGUUAACUCGAAGGGAGACCACUUUGAAGCCCAUCGCAGAUAAUUCUCCACGUUACGCGAAUAAAAAUAGUUGCGGUGCCAAUCCCAUUUUUAUGCAGAACCACCGAGAAUAUCAGAUAUGACGAGAAAAUCAUCGUACUUCCAGGUAUUCCUAUACCUUCAUUCAAGUCAAAGCGAUACAGGUUUUGGACAGGUUUUCGGCAGGGGGUGUGAGUCGCCGGCAUUCGUAUUCGCAAGGUGUGCCGUAGUCCGAAGGGUGGGGGAUCGCGAGCGAGGGCGCGAGCCCGUGUACGGGUAGAAAGCUGAUGGGGUGGCGACGGUGGGGGUUAGCAGCCGCGAAGCAGCAGUGCGUCGCGACGCUGCCUACCACGCGGUUGCUGCUCCUCUCCUAUCUCGAUCCCUUUUUCUAUCUCAAACUCUUCUUCACGGCUACACGCUUCCAUCGCUCGUCUCGCUGUCUCGUCCUGUCAUUGUCACGUUUCUUCAGCCUUUGCUCUCCUUUCUCGACCCUUUGCUCUUCUCACCCACCCCCCGUCCCCCUCCGCCCCACCUAUCAGCCCCUCUUGCUCCUUUGCCCCAACCGCGCCACUGGCUCCCUGUACUUUCUCGCCCCAACCUUUCAACUUUUCCCCGAGCCGAUUUUCUCCGAUUCAUCGCCUCCUCCACGAUCGUUCGCUUCACCCUCGAUCGCAACCCUUUCGUCGAUGUUUCCGCUCUUCUACCCUCACGUUCACCGAUCUGAUCCACGGUUAACCGGCACGAGUUCUCCGUCCACGAUCUCGUCGAUCGUUCCUUCGAUCUGUGCGUAAGGUAAUCCUUCCCGCACGGUUCCCUGAGUCACGAGGGAAGGGAAACGAACACCGCGAUAUACUGUCGAAGGGUGGACGUAUCCUUGGGCGACACGCACACCGGGGGUGUUUUUUGUGAACGUACGCGGAACUGUACGCGCAUUAAUGUCGUUUGCCGUAGAAGCUGCUACUUAACUAGCGAGAAUUUAUUACGUGUCGCAGAGGACAGUUUCCUCUGUACCGGUUGGACAUGGAGCGAAAGGGCGUAAUCUUAACAGCAAUUUUCGGAACGGUGGGAGGUCUGGCGGUGUUGGUGGCCCUUGGUUUGGCUGUCUGGCUCUAUUUGCGUGCGAAAAAGUCGAAACAACGGGACGACGACGACGAACACCGGGACGAACACGGGGACAAUUUUAGCGUCGAUCGACAGGGGAAAUCGGCGAAGAGAAACGGCUUUCUCAAUCUGAAGACUCCUCUAAUUAGCACGAAAGUUUUUGGAGCGCAAUUGGAGACAACUGGUAGUCCGGCGAACAAGACAGCGGGGCCGACAGGUGCCGGCGGUGUCGGCGGAAGUGGAGUUGUAGGAUCAAGCGCGGGAAGCGCAGGUGCUAGUGGAUCGACGUCGAGCGCAGCUCUAGGUGGCGGCAGCUCUGGAUCGGGGGUAGGCUCUGGAUCGGGAUCUGGAUCUGGAUCAGGCAUUGGAAGUGCAAACGCUGGAACCAGCGGCAUCGGCGCAGGCGCAAACGCGAUUUCCGGCAGUGGCGUGGGUGGCGCCGCCGCUGGAACGGGGGAGCCACGGACGCCAACCGCUGGUGCCCAAAACAAACAGCUGCAGAAUGUCAAAGGAGAUCACCCGUCGAAAGCUUUCCUACAAAGCAGAUCCAUGUCCUUGGUCGACAUGUACAUCGACAACUCGGAACCUAGCGAAAACGUUGGCCAAAUUCAUUUCAGCCUGGAAUACGACUUUCAGAAUACCACGCUCAUCCUUCGCAUUAUACAGGGUAAAGAUCUGCCGGCAAAGGAUUUGUCGGGGACGUCCGACCCUUACGUUCGCGUGACCCUUCUGCCAGACAAAAAGCAUCGACUGGAGACGAAGAUAAAAAGGCGCACGCUGAAUCCUCGAUGGAACGAGACGUUCUAUUUCGAAGGUUUCCCGAUUCAAAAGUUGCAGAGCAGAGUGCUGCAUUUACACGUGUUCGACUACGAUCGAUUCUCGAGGGACGAUUCCAUCGGGGAGAUGUUUCUGCCUCUCUGCCAGGUCGAUUUCUCGGAGAAACCUAACUUUUGGAAAGCUCUCAAGCCCCCGGCAAAGGACAAAUGCGGAGAGCUGUUGUGCUCGUUGUGCUACCACCCGAGCAAUUCCGUGCUGACUCUGACGCUUAUGAAAGCGAGGAAUUUGAAGGCGAAGGAUAUCAACGGGAAGUCAGAUCCCUACGUGAAAGUGUGGUUGCAAUUCGGCGACAAGAGGAUCGAGAAACGAAAGACCCCGAUAUUCAAGUGUACUCUGAACCCGGUCUUCAACGAAGCGUUCUCCUUCAACGUGCCCUGGGAAAAGAUUCGAGAGUGUUCGCUGGACGUAAUGGUAAUGGAUUUUGAUAACAUCGGCCGAAACGAGCUGAUCGGACGGAUUCAACUGGCAGGGAAAAACGGGAGCGGGGCGAGCGAAACGAAACAUUGGCAGGACAUGAUCACGAAGCCACGCCAGACGAUCGUUCAGUGGCAUCGACUCAAGCCUGAGUAAACGUUCGAGUGCGCGAUCCAUAUCUGUAUUUCGCGGGAGCGAAAUCGUCGAUCUAACUUAUACCAGUACCUCCCGAUCUCUCGAACCUGCUCGACUAAAUUGGUAUUCGGUUGUCCUCCGACGACGCGAAACCGAUCGUAACCAUUCUACGCGUCGUCGUUGGGUGUCGGCGCCGAUUCAGGCUUCGAAAGUCGCGAAUCGGCCAAAAUGGUCGCGACCGUCGAUCGAGACGCCACGUUUCCCCUGUUCUUGGGUUUCCCUCGCGUCGCGCGUGGUCAGCCUGCGCGUAUCCACCAUUGUUGGGCAAACCACGAUCCACGAUUACGAUUAUCGAGCGAUCAGCGAUCACUAUUAUCGAUUAACAAAUAAUCAGACAGGGUUAACACCGUAUGGUUAUCAAUUGCUCGUUUCCGAUUGCAAAUUUCUUGCUAACAAUCGUGAGUAUCGCAAGUGUAAUCGCAAAGUGAUCACUGCCCAACUCUGGUUCGCCCCCUUUUAGGUUAACCUUCCGCGCAGAAUGGAAAGAUCGAGCGUGGCUCCCUCUACUUUCCGACAAUACGACUCACAAACGCCACGCGGUCUCUCCCCGCCGGGUCGAAGAGUCUCGCGAGGCGAUAUACGAUUUUCAUUUGAAUCCGCGUCGACGAUAUUCCCUUAUUACGACGUCACGGGCCGACGCUUUACAUAUUUCACUCCCCUCCCCUCUCCCCCUCCACGCACACACACACACACACACACUUUCGCCCCGACCUCCCCCCGACCAUCGAUACCCACUUGUUUUUCUUUUCGUUUCUUUUCUUCCUUCGUGCACGACAACGACUCAACGGGCGAACCGUAUUCGAAUUCACUUCUGACACGAACGAUAAACGAGAGCUCGUUUUCACGCGAGAUUGCGUGCCGCGGUCGUAUACGUACAACUUGAGCGGCCAUAGACGCUCGAUAAACGUGACCGAUCGAUGUUACUUUCGCGACUUUAUUGACAUUUACAUCGAACGUUAUUUUUAUGACUGUUUUGCACGCGUAAAUACGUACCUAGUACGUGAUACCGUUGCUUCGAGUAACCCGUUGACGCGAUCAAGCGUUUCCUAUGUCUCGUGUAUCCGGUGUCUUUCGAUUCCAGCGCCAACCGCCAGCCCCGAGCGGAGCGGAAGCGUCGCGAACUACCGUCUAGUCGAGUUCCGCGUUGCUCUUUUUCGCGUCGGCUCCCGCGGAUCACCGUUUGGUAAAACUUAACAAUUAUGGUUCCCUAGCUAUCAGUCGUCACUGAACGGUGGAUUCAAGGUAUUCGUGUCUAUAUGGAAAACUUGCAUGGAACGUAUGCGUAGAAUGUACUCCAUGAAUCAUUUAAUAAUAUUAAUAGUUCAUUUUGCAUAGGUUUCCCAUUAUUAAGGGGAUAAAUGCGUAGAAUCUGCAGUCUAGUGAUCACGAUUAGAGAUUGAUAAAUAAUCAGUGAUGAUAAGUAUGGAAGAUUUCAAAGUAAUGCCUCGGAUAUUGAUAAACCUUGCUCGGAUUCGCGAACAGACGUUACCUUGACCACUAUCUAUGAAUCUCAUCCCGCUCUCUGUCGACCCAACCCCGGCUAGUGAUAACUCGCAAAUUUUUCAACACCAUCCAAGACGUUGACAAAUGUAUCUUCCAAUUGCUGAUUACCGAUUAAUCCGACAAUUGCCAGUGAUCAUCCCGAAAGUAGUCGCAAAGCGAUCACGUGGCUGACGGUGCUGCAUAAAGCGGGUCGAUGCGGUCGAAUCGAUAAGAGGAGCUAUAAACGACAGCUGGGACUCGACAAUUCGGUACUUUUUCUGUUCGUUUACCACCCCCGAAUCCUCCAUAUCGAUUGACGUUCUCCGUUUCCACCGAUUCCCACCAAUCCCCAACCACCCCCGACCCCCACUGCCCCCCGUCAGUCUGCCACAUAUGCCCAAAGAUUGGACACGUGCUCGCACCGUUUGUCCUUGCUCCCGUACCCUCCCAUCCCCACCCCCCGCGAACCACCCACUCUUUCUAGGUUUUUCUCAGCCCUCAAGCCCCUCCGGUUUCUUCGAAUCCCUCUCUUGUUAAUUUUCGACGAGCGAUCGGAACGGGACACCGGGACGUAAUGUUGAAUUCUUACUAGUAGAAAACGAUAAAGCAGUGAUAUUUUUGACGGAACUUUUGUAUCGACGAAGUCGGAGAUUUUUUGGAAGCGACGAAAAUUGUGAUCGGUGUUAUACCUUGAAUUAAUCUUAAGAGUUACACAUUCAAAUAGUUUGCUGUUGUUGACGAUAAAACGUAGAGCGAUCCCCGAUGAUCGAAUUCAGAUUUUUUGCAGCAAUUGCAGAUUUUCGCGAGUGCAUACGUGUAUACGUGAGAACGUGCGUGUAUUUACGCACGGUUGGGUGUACGCGUACACGCGUAUACGCGUAUACACUGUAUAUGUAUUUGCGCUCGGUGAGUGUGAGUGUGCGUGUUGCGUUUGCGUGUGCAUUUCAAACGGCGCCGCGUGAAAGGGUGACUUGGCGAGAACGAGCAGCGUGCGAUCAUGAGCGUCGACACAACAAGAGAUUUAAAAAGAAAAAAAUGUAAACACCACCCCCCGUAGCGAUUAGGUUUACGCGCGUAGAUAUUGCGCUCGCGCCUCAUGAGUGUGUACCGCGACGUCGCAGAAACAAAGAUAUGUAGCGCGUACCAGCGCAGUCGACGAAUAUUUUUACAUUCAACGAUUCAAUUUACGAGCUGUAACGAAAUACCAAACGAUUUCACGCGCGGGCGGACUCUAGUUCAGGGGAUGGGCAAAAUCGUCAGACAGGAAUAUUUGAGAAACAAAUCGUUGCACAUAAAUUGGAAAAAAUACACUGACAAUGGACAAGCAGAAGUUUCACUGUUCGGAUAAAUCGAUAUACAGUGGUGCCUCGGAUAUUGAGAAAACCUGCUCAGAUUCGAGGUCAGAUGUCAUCGUAUUGGUUAUGCUUGUUGGGCUAGAGUGAAAGGUGGUUGGCUGAUGAAAACACCUCACCUUGAAGAUUCAUUUACGUAGAUAGACGUUUCCAAUAUUGUAUCAUUAUGCGAGGUAUCGCUGUACCUAAUUCGUACUCGAUUCAAAUUUUGCCCAUCGGCUGCGCUUUGAGUCGCGUGCGCGCGAAACUCGUGGAAGAAAAAUUCAUCGUUAAUUACACGAACACACAUACAGCCAUUUCACAUUACACCAAAUGAACACAGACACGCACAAACAAAUACACAUACAGAUACACGUGCACAGAGACACGGCGUACGCAGCGCGACGCACAAAAAUUCGGACAGGUCUACACGUACACGCAUCGCAUAUGUGUACACGCAAGUAUCGACUAGCACAAACAAGAAAAAAAAAUGGUAAAAAAAAAAAUACAGUUAGACUAACGUUUGUAUGUUGUGUAGAGACAGUGUAUUAUAUCGUUGCACGCGAAAUGCAAACAUUUCAACUGGAAAAUUCCGAUUUGGCGCGAACUCGUUGAAACGGGACGCGUUAAAGCGUUUACGAGAGAGAGAGAAAGCGUUCACGAACGAUUAAGACGCGACUUUUGGAAAUGUCCAUGAUCAAGUGCCAAAACUACACGCGGACCUCUGCUUUUCCUCGAUCAUCGCGCACCCGCAAGUACGAAUAGUCGCGUUCGUGGGCAAGGACCGUGAAAAAGAGCUUACAAACGUACGAUAUCAAUUAAGGGCGAGUUGUACACGUAGACUUUAGUUCAGUGGUUCCGUACUAGGGCCCACUAUUUUACGAUACACUCUAUUGCACGAUACACUCGAUCAGGAGUAUAACAAGGUUUGCAUACAACUCGUCGAUAUAUAAACACUGAAGAAAUAACAUGUUUAAGAAGAAUAUAAAAUUCGUGCAAUAGAAUAGAGACGGGCAACUGGGUUUUCCGUGAACCACAGGCGAGCACAGUUACGAGUCCGCCCACAUCGCAGCGAGACUUGAACGGACUAGGACCAAUCGUGCACGACUUCUACGUUCUCACUGCGUUUGCUCUCCUAUCUUCAUAUGUCACUGUGACGUCACUUAUUUCUGUGCCCGUCAGUGGUACGCGGGCCAUCUUCUUGCCCAUGCAUGGAGGGUUAAUACAUGUACCACAUCGUGGGCUCUAGUCUGUGUUGCGCAUAUACCGAUCACCGAAUAGAUUUUGUCGAUAGAGCAAACCGGUCGCGAACGUUUUGCGGUUUAACGCGUUCCGUCGCGACGCUGGGAGCGCGCGUUAAUUCUAAAAACUUUUAGAGCCAAACGAAUCGUCGAGAUAGGUAGGGUAUACAGCUAACAGUACGCGUUAGUUCGAACUGGAUGCGAAUUGGGCCUUAUACCAUGGAUUACCUCAAUCGUAAGCGGCUUACGAGUCAAGUUCGAGUUUGCGAUAAACGAUAGCGAGCGCUAAUAGGAUUUUAAUACGCGCGUGAUGAUGAUUAAAAAAAGAAAAAAGGAAAAAAAAAUAUAAAUAAACGCGUCGUCGUUGCUCGACAUUUACGAGCUUAGCGAUCGAAUCCCCUUAACCGAAUCCGAGUUACCGGUUCAGCUGGUCGCGGUAGAAUCGCGUGUUACAGUACCGUAAAACAAUAAAUACUACUUCAUGUGGUAGAGCUACGAAAGGUUCGUUGUUCGUUGGUCUGAAGGAUGAUACUUGUUGUGGCAUAAAAACAAAUAUAGGGAGAAAGAAUGAGGGAGGCUAGUUCUAACGAAGGAUGGGGUUCAAUUUUCGCAAUGAACGAUAAGAGUUUAACGACACGUGAGAAGAAAAUAUGAGAAAUACAACGAAUCGUAGAGUCGUAGGUAGGAACGAAGAAGAUAGGCGUAGAAAGAGAAGAUAAGAAAUGAAGAGAAACAAAGUGUUUUGCAUUGCGAACGUUGAGUUUUAGUUUCUCGAAACUGUUUUACAGAGAAUUUAAAUAUCUUUUCGAAAGUUCUUUUCCAUUUUACAAACCGAGGCUUCGUUAUCGAGAUAUAAGCCGCUAAAGUUUUCGCGCGACCAUGACACGUGCCCGUGACUUCCGCUCGCACGAUCGGCUGACUGGAAUAAAAAUGGCGCGCGCCGAAAAACAUAUCAAUGAAGUUCAACUGGUCGUAUCACAGUAAGGAAGCUUCCGAUUGCAAAGUGGAAGAAGAGUUUUCGCGUCGAAUGAUCGCGUUACAGUUGAGCGAUGUUCUAGAUUAUAAAUUAGCAUACCUUCUCACCUUUCUCUUUCUCUUCCUUUUUAUUGAGAAGCAUGUAUCAUCUCAGAGACCAAAAAACAGCGAAUAUUUUUAAAACUCUACGAUAAAUACUUCUCCGAGGAACGGUCGAUCUUCGGUCUCUCGCCCUCUUUCUUCUAUCUGGUUUCAUUUGCUCGGUGAACUACUACUACUACUACUACUACUACAACUACAACAACAACAACAACAACAACAACAACAACAAUACAAACGCGUAUCGAUUCGGCGGAGCUGCAUCCGAACGUGGACGUGAAAAUGUAACAAGAAGGGGGGGGGAGGAGAGAGAGUGAAAUGGUGGAAGCGCGCUCGGAGUUUUGUCGUUAGAACGCGCGCCCGCAUACUGUACAAGGCAAUCUACAACCUUAUGGAGAUAUUUUACAAGCAUUCAAAAAGAACUUAUUCUAAACCAAAAAUAUGUUACGAAUAACUUGUUCUCACUUUGGAGUUGCAGGAAUACAAAGGAACAUUUAAUUGGCUAAACUCUUCAAAGAAAAUCCCUCUUGAGGAUAAUUAUGAAUUAUAGUGUUAGAAGAGUGCUACAGGCCCCGACCAUGGGAUGGGCCAUAGUAGCCAUUGGCCCAGUUGCUAGUAGCGUCUGUGUACGCGUGACUCGAUAUUUAGCUGCGUGUCUGUGAAACAAGAUAGUGUACCUACCUCUAGGCGACGCUUUUUGUAACCGCGACGAGGAUGUCUUUGAUUGGUCAACUCCAAGUGGAAGGAGCCUGCAUCACUCUUUCGCUGUCUUUACACCUCCCGCAUUAAUCAAUGUCUCGACCUCCGACAACUCCAAAGCAAGAAAAAAGAAACAUCCUCGCCCAAGAAUACCUCUUGCAAAAUAUCGCCGCAAGCUCGUAGAUCGGCUGGUAGAUCAGAAAGCCGCUGAGACCCGUGGAACUCGAUGAAAUAACCAAUGAAAAAAAAAAAACGAAGGAAGAGCGAGGCGGCUUGGAACGCAUAUCAAACGGUGGAGAUGAAGGCGGCAGAAAAUAUGUAUAGGGAAAUACGUAGUUAGAGAAUGUAGCGGAUACAAAGUGAUGCAUUCUUCGCUCACUGGACACGCGCGAGAGACGCUCGCGAUGGAUCAGCUCGAGCGAAACGGGACCCGGAGAGAAACGAAUUUUUACGCCAAAUUUGGGGGAGCCAAUAGCAGUAGCGAAAAGAAGGGUAGGGGGUGGAUGGAAGAAGUGGUAGAGGUGAAAAUUUCAGCUAUCGAUCCAUCUGGACGCCUCUCACGCGUGUCCGGUCCUCGCAGCGCGCAACACUGUAUAUUUUUUAGCUUCGUAUUGCAUACACGUACGUUACAUAAAAAAGAAAAAAAAAUCGAUCGUAUCGAGAGAAACAGAUCAAACAACUAACUAACCUAUGUACUCAUGGAUGUUACCAAAACAAAAACCGGAAAAAAAAGCAGCGAACCACGCUGGCAGACAGCGUUGAACAUUUAUUAUAGAGAUGCGUGGCGCACGUAAUGCGCGCCAGCUCUGUCGGUUCGGCUACGGGUUUAAACGUCGUAUCGUUUCCGUGUCGUAGUGUUCCCCACUGUUUACCCCCCCGACCCCCGGGAGCCCCCGGAAAAGAGAAGCCCACACCCCCAAAAAACCACCACCCCCGUCGAAGCGCAUCAAUUAAACUCUUUGCCGCUUAGCCGUAAUCUCGAUAUCGCUGUGUGUUUUCCUUCGUGAUAUCGUUUUGCGUUCAGGUGCAGAUCGAACGGAGGCGUUUAUUAUUUCCUGAAUAUCGCUUUGACGCUCGAUAUACGUUAUGUAUUCGAAUAAAAAGGAAUUUCGUUUCGGAAAGACC